CGGCGCAUGCUCCGCAGCGCGGCGGGUCCACAGAUGAGGGGAGUCGAGACUCCCGCGCCCCACUACCCCCGGGGGAGCUGCUGCUGAGCCACUCAGUCUGAGCCCUGGCUACUAAUAAAGUUCGUUUAAAAAUCAUAAUUAUUCUUAAGAGAUCGAAAGAGGGUGCGAACUAGCCGCUCGGCCCCGCAGGGAGAGCUGGCGCGUCGGGAGGAGGCAGCGGCGGCAGCGGUUGCGCCGCGACCAGGAGGAGCCGGUGGCGCCGGGCGGCGGGUCCGCGGCCGGUGGGAGACGGUGAGUAGCGGCUAGCGCUGCGGUGCAGCGGCGCUGCACUCACUCGCCCUCUCCAGGGGCUGGGGGUUCUUCCGGCUCCACUGGGGAAGAGUCAGCUUCUCCCCUGGGUCCCGGGUUGUGCCUUACUCUCCGAAGUGGGCAGGGGUAUCGAGGGCAGGGGCCUCCAGGCCCGGCUCCCCCAUCCCCCGGUUCGGACCGCCGAGCGCCGGCUCUCCCCUCCCUGAGCACCGAUCCCAACUUCCAGCUAGAGAAGGUGGGCGGCAGCGCCAGCCCGGCGCCCCCUCCCAGCUCCCAGCGAUUUGAGAGGGAAGAUCUGAUCUCCUGGAAUUAGAGUUGGUACAGAAACCAUUUCAGCUCCAAAAAUGUUGGAGGAAGAUAUGGAAGUCGCCAUAAAGAUGGUGGUUGUAGGGAAUGGAGCAGUUGGAAAAUCAAGUAUGAUUCAGCGAUAUUGCAAAGGCAUUUUUACAAAAGACUACAAGAAAACCAUUGGAGUUGAUUUUUUGGAGCGACAAAUUCAAGUUAAUGAUGAAGAUGUCAGACUAAUGUUAUGGGACACUGCAGGUCAGGAGGAAUUUGAUGCAAUUACAAAGGCCUACUAUCGAGGAGCCCAGGCUUGUGUGCUCGUGUUCUCUACCACAGAUAGGGAAUCUUUUGAAGCAGUUUCCAGUUGGAGAGAGAAAGUAGUAGCCGAAGUGGGAGAUAUACCAACUGUACUUGUGCAAAACAAGAUUGAUCUUCUGGAUGAUUCUUAUAUAAAGAAUGAGGAAGCUGAGGCACUGGCAAAAAGGUUAAAGUUAAGAUUCUACAGAACAUCAGUGAAAGAAGAUCUAAAUGUGAAUGAAGUUUUUAAGUAUUUGGCUGAAAAAUACCUUCAGAAACUCAAACAACAAAUAGCUGAGGAUCCAGAACUAACGCAUUCAAGUAGUAACAAGAUUGGUGUCUUUAAUACAUCUGGUGGAAGUCACUCAGGUCAGAAUUCAAGUACCCUCAAUGGUGGAGAUGUCAUCAAUCUUAGACCCAACAAACAAAGGACCAAGAAAAACAGAAAUCCUUUUAGCAGCUGUAGCAUACCCUAAGAUGUUUUGGGAGGAAAACAAUUGAAUUACAUUGUGCAAUUCAUUAAGAAACCCAUCCAGCUGUCAUGGUAUGUUACAAGGUUUUCAGCAGACUUUGCACCUAAUGGCUCUCUGAAAGUGACAGACUUAAAUAUUGCUCUGCAGUGCUUUUCAGAAUGUAGAGUGAGACCUCUGGUGGAAAAAUUAUUGCCCUGUGGACUCCUUUAAUUUUUUUUACAUUAGACGAAGCUUCUCCUGUUUUUAAAGGAAUGCUAUAAGAAAUUUCAAACACAGGUUUUGCGGAAUUUUAAAUGCUGGAAAACAUAAAUGAAAUGCCUAAAUAUAUUGUUACAGAUUUUAAUACUGUGGAUCAAGGAAAGAUAGCAAGCAUUCUUUUCCUGAAAUUGGUCAUGUAGCUUUUCUGCGAAAUAGUAUUGAAUCUGAAUACUUUCACAAAAUAAUACUGAAAGGUAAACCCUAAAUCUUGCCAGACUGCAUUAGUAUUUUGGCAUUGAAACUUGUGCAAUAUCUGUGUAAUGUAGAAUGUGGGGUGUGCAUGCAGAUGUCUGGUACUGGAGUAAGCUGAAGGUAUGUGCAGUAUUUAAGAAAAUGUACAUUCUAAUUCACUUAUAAAACCAUUUACAUAUUGUGUAUAUGUUUUUAUUUUCAAAUGAUAAACUCUAGACAUAUAUUUUGCAAAAUGAGCUUGGGUUUAAAAAGUGCUUUGUGCCAAAAAUAUCAUACCUAAUUUUUAUAGUGCUUUACUAUCAGAAUUUAUAUUAUUAUAUCUUUUAAAAGCAGUAAGCAGUUUUCAUCUGACAGCGUAGAUAAAAGGAGUAUAGAAAUUUGAAUGCUAGAGCAUCUCCCAGGUGAGCCUUAUUGCAGAUCUUUUUGAUAUAGUCACCCAUAAGCAUGGUGAGCUCCUGCUCUCAUAAGGUCAGCCAAAGCCCCUUAAGAAGGUACACAGCACAUCUGCAGUCAUUCAGGAGGUCCUGUGAAGUGUGGUGAUGCAUCUAACACCUUUUGCUGCUCACUGAGAACCCAGCUUUGAACUUACAAGAUUAUACUAACCAUUUUUAAAGUGCACAAAAACAUUAUUAUUAGUCUUAACUAUAAUUAUGUAUUUUAUAAUGCCCUGCAACUCUAAACCAUCCUUUUGUUUACACAUUUUUGUAUGGUAUUUUAAGAUUAUCACUUCAACAUUUCUAUAACCUUGUUUGUAUAGCACUUUCUCAAGAGCUGUCAGUCCCACAUACAAAAUCAUUUCUUUUACAAAAUGAUUUAAUAUGUAAUCAUGUGUCAGAACAUAAAUUUUGUCAUUUGGGACAGUAGCUUUCCAGCUAAGAUAACUGGGUGAACUCUGUUAAAACUGAUUAUCACUCAUCAAUGGCUUUAUUUUUAACCUAUAAAUAACCCCUUUCAAUAUACCUGGUUUUUACAGCAUUGCAAAAUCUGUAAAAAUAACUUUUAUUGGAAAAUGUGUCAUGAAGUAAGUCAUUUUUCAUUAUUUGUACUAAACAAUGUUUUAUGUACUCCUUUCGUGUUUUAUCUUUUGUUUUUCCAUCUGUACUCCCCUCAUCCUCCUAAUGUUGAGAAAAUCAAAUUUCCUGGGUGUGUCCUUGUUAAGUGAUCAAAAGUAAAUGUUCUCUUUGCCAUUUUAUUUAGGUUGAAAAAUAAUAAAAAAAUUAAAAAGUAAA